AUUGCGACAUGAGGGUUGAUUUCCUGUAGCCCACCAUGGCACCAGGGGAUGUGGUGCCAGAUCAUGCCAAGCAGCUGAAAUCCAAGGAGAAGCGUCCGGGAAACAGGGCGUCCAAAGCCGAAUGUGAACCUGACGGAUCAUUUAUCUUUGAGGCCCAUGAAGCCUGGAAGGACUUCCAUAACUCCCUCAGACAUUUCUAUGAAGUUGGAGAGCUCUGUGACGUCACACUGAAGGUUGGCAGUAGACUAAUACCAUGCCACAAGCUAGUACUUGCUUGUGUCAUCCCUUACUUCAGGGCAAUGUUUCUAUCAGACAUGUCGGAGGCUAAACAGGAACUCGUAGAGAUUAAGGACUUUGAUGGAGAUGCCAUCCAGGACCUGGUACACUUUGCCUAUUCCUCUAAACUCACUCUAACUGUGGACAAUGUGCAGCCGCUGCUGUAUGCCGCCUGCAUCUUGCAGGUUGAGUUGGUGGCCAGAGCCUGCUGUGAGUACAUGAAGGCCCAUUUUCACCCCACCAACUGCCUGGCUGUUCGAACCUUUGCUGAGAGCCACAACCGUGUGGAUCUGAUGGACAUGGCUGACCGUUACGCCUGCGAGCACUUCACUGAGGUGGUGGAGUGCGAGGACUUCACCUGUGUGUCGCCCCAGCACUUGCACACCUUAUUGUCUUCUAGUGACCUCAAUAUCCACUCAGAGACGCAGGUGUACAACGCAGCAGUGAAGUGGCUGAAAGCAAACCCACAGCACCACGAAGCCUGGCUCGACCCAAUUAUGUCUCAGGUGCGGCUCCCGUUGCUUCCAGUAGACUUUCUGACAGGAACAGUUGCUAAAGAGGAGAUGAUCAAAGCUAAUCUGAGCUGUCGGGACCUGAUGGAUGAAGCCAGGAACUACCACCUGCACCUCAGCAACAAGGUGGUUCCAGACUUUGAGUAUUCGGCGCGCACUAUCCCCCGAAAGCACACUGCAGGCGUUCUGUUCUGUGUGGGAGGCCGGGGAGGUUCUGGUGACCCUUUUCGCAGCAUCGAAUGCUACUCCAUCACUAAGAACGUCUGGUUCUUUGGUCCUGAUAUGAACAGCAGACGACGUCACGUGGGUGUAAUAUCUGUUGGAGGUAAAGUUUAUGCUGUUGGAGGUCAUGAUGGUAACGAACACCUGGGGGACAUUGAGAUGUUUGAUCCACUCACUAACAAGUGGAUGAUGAAAGCUUCUAUGAAUACUAAAAGGAGGGGAAUAGCCCUGGCAGCUCUUGGUGGUCCAAUUUAUGCUAUUGGAGGUCUGGAUGACAAUUCCUGCUUUAAUGAUGUAGAGCGUUACGACAUUGAACGCGACAGCUGGAGCGCUGUGGCUCCGAUGAACACACCCAGAGGAGGGGUUGGAUCUGUGGCAUUGGGGAGUUACGUGUAUGCUGUUGGAGGAAAUGACAGCGUGGCGUCUCUCUCCAGCGUGGAGAGGUUUAAUCCUCACCUCAACAAGUGGCUGGAGGUCUGCGAGAUGGGCCAGAGACGAGCAGGCAACGGAGUCAGCAAGCUUAAUGGCUGCCUCUAUGUAGUGGGUGGCUUUGACGACAACUCCCCUUUGAGCUCCGUUGAGCGUUUUGACCCUCGAAUGCACCGCUGGGAGUACGUGUCGGAGCUCACCACCCCUCGAGGUGGAGUCGGAGUGGCCACGGUGAUGGGGAGAGUGUUUGCAGUCGGGGGGCAUAAUGGAAACAUUUACCUGAACACAGUGGAGGCUUUUGAGCCUCGAAUGAACAGGUGGGAGCUGGUGGGCUCCGUGUCUCACUGCCGUGCCGGAGCCGGAGUUGCUGUGUGUUCGUCUCACAUCAGCCAGAUCAGAGACGUCGGUCAGGGCUCCAGCAAUGUGGUCAACUGCAUGUGAUGACACCCCCCCCACACACACACACACACACACACACACACACAUUUAACCAGGCCACCGUGGGAUCUGAUCACCGCACAAGCA